AUGGGUAUUCGUAUGCCUCGGAUCCUUCAAGCAAGACAAAUACUCCAACGGUCUUUUUCAAAUGGAACCCACACAACAGCAACAGACCUAUCAAAAGGCUAUUUUGCAGUUUAUGUUGGAGAGCAAGAAAAUCAGUGUUUUGUGAUUCUAGUGUCAUUGUUACGCCAGUAUUCAUUUCAAGACUUAUUACGUGAGACAGAGGAAGAGUUUGGAUUUGACCAUCCAAUGGGCGGCCUAACAAUCCCGCGUGGUGAGCAGAUAAUUCUUUGUUCUUGCAAGUCGCUUGGGAUCAUUUUGAAGUCAAGUUACAUCAUUCUAUUUGUUAACACAUUUUUGUAA